CAGAAAGUUCCUCCCGCAUAUAUAUACUGAUCUUCCAAAGCUUUCUUCUCCAACCAAAACUCAACCCGCUCUCUCCUUCCGCCAAAAAGAGAAGGCAGAAAAGGGCAAGUAUUCAGAGAGACGGAAGAGCGUAAGAGAGAAAAGUUCAACGCAAAAAAAAAAAGCCACAGACUUUCCGGUCUAGCUCCCAAAUUUUGUUAGGUGGUAGCGAGCAGAAAUUCGUCCUAGUGAUUUGCUGCAACUCGGCAGAGCAUAUAUAAUUUCCGGGGAGGAAAAAGAGAAACAGAGUACUGAAGUAGGGAAGAAAUGGAGGGAACGGAGCGGGCGAGGGCAUCGGGUCGGAGGCCGGGUCACAGCAUGACCCGAAGCAUAAGCCGGAGCCUGAGCCGGGCGAGCUGGGGGAUGGAGGAGGUUUUCUCCGCCGGCUCCGGCAGGCACUCCCGGCGGAGCAGCAUGCACGCCGACGAGGACGAGGAAGCACUGAAGUGGGCCGCCAUCGAGCGCCUCCCGACUUACGACCGCCUCCGAACCACCAUCAUGAAAUCCUUCGUCGAGGAUAACAACAACAACAACAGCAAUUUUCACAAGCAAAUCGACGUCGCCAGGCUGGGCGACACCGACCGCCAGCAGUUCAUCGACCAGAUAUUUAAGGUCGCCGAGGAAGACAACGAGAAGUUCUUGAAGAAGUUCAGACAGAGAAUUGACAAGGUUGGGAUAAAGCUGCCGACGGUGGAAGUAAGGUUCGAGCACUUGACCAUAGAGGCCGACUGCUACAUCGGCGACAGAGCUCUGCCGACGCUGCCGAACGUGGCGAGGAACAUAGUCGAGUCGGGGCUGAACAAGAUCGGAAUCCAUUUGGCCAAACGGACCAAGCUCACCAUCCUAAACGAUAUCUCCGGCAUCAUCAAACCUUCCAGGAUGGCAUUGUUGUUGGGUCCGCCUUCUUCCGGGAAAACGAGCCUUCUGCUUGCAUUGGCCGGGAAAUUAGACCCAAGUCUCCAGGUGAAAGGAGAGAUAACUUACAAUGGGCUAGGGAUGAACGAGUUUGUGCCAAGGAAGACGUCGGCAUACAUUAGCCAGAACGAUGUGCAUGUUGCUGAGAUGACUGUCAAGGAGACCCUGGACUUUUCUGCUAGGUGCUUAGGUGUCGGGACGCGAUACGACCUUCUAAGUGAGUUGGCAAGGAGAGAGAAGGAAGCUGGGAUAUUCCCAGAAGCUGAAGUGGACCUUUUCAUGAAGGCAACAGCAAUGAAAGGGGUUGAAAACAGCCUCAAUACAGAUUACACUCUCAAAAUACUUGGGCUUGACAUAUGCAAGGACACCAUUGUAGGAGAUGCCAUGAUAAGAGGAAUAUCUGGCGGACAAAAGAAAAGAGUCACUACAGGUGAGAUGAUCGUGGGGCCCACGAAGACGCUGUUCAUGGACGAGAUAUCGACGGGCCUCGACAGCUCCACAACGUACCAAAUCGUGAAGUGCCUGCAGCAGAUCGCACACCUCACCGACGCCACCAUCUUCAUGUCCCUACUCCAGCCCGCUCCAGAGACGUUCGAUCUCUUCGAUGACAUCAUCCUCCUAUCCGAGGGCCAGAUCGUCUACCAGGGCCCACGCGAACACAUCCUCGAAUUCUUCGCCACGUGUGGCUUCCGCUGCCCCGAACGUAAAGGCACCGCUGAUUUCUUGCAAGAGGUCACGUCAAGGAAAGACCAAGAGCAAUACUGGGGCCAUAGGGACAAGCCAUACCAGUUCGUAUCAGUGUCCGACUUCGUGGCACAUUUCAAGAGGUUCCACGUUGGAAUGCGACAGGACAACGAGCUUUCGGUGCCAUUCGACAAGUCGCAGGGGCACAAGGCGGCGUUGGUGUACGAGAAGUACACCGUCCCAAAGUUGGACCUGCUAAAGGCUAGCUGGGACAAGGAGUGGCUGCUGAUGCAGAGGAACUCGGUGGUCUACAUCUCCAAGACCAUCCAGAUGAUCGUCGUCGCUCUGAUUGCAUCCACCGUGUUCCUUAGGACCAGGAUGCACCAAAGGAACGAGGAUGAUGGAGCUGCAUACAUUGGUGCAUUGAUUUUCGCCAUGAUUCACAACAUGUUCAAUGGGUUCGCUGAGCUGUCCCUCAUGAUCAAGAGGCUUCCUGUGUUCUACAAGCAGAGGGAUCUGUUGUUCCAGCCCGCGUGGACGUUUACCUUGCCCACGUUCUUGCUCGGGGUGCCUGCUUCGCUGUUGGAGUCCACGGUCUGGAUGGUUGUGACUUAUUACACCAUUGGAUAUGCUCCUGAAGCUAGCCGAAUGAUUUUUUGCAUUGGCAGGUUCUUCAAGCAGUUUCUGGUGAUUUUUCUGAUCCAACAAAUGGCUGCUGGCACAUUUAGGCUCAUUGCAGGAGUAUGCAGGACAUUUAUCAUUGCCAACACUGGAGGAGCUCUAACUCUUUUGCUUAUCUUCUUGCUUGGAGGCUUUCUUCUGCCGAAAGGACAAAUUCCGGUAUGGUGGGAGUGGGCUCACUGGGUCUCACCAUUGACGUAUGGAUACAAUGCAUUGGCCGUGAAUGAAAUGACUGCUCCAAGGUGGAUGAACCGAUUGGCAUCAAAUAACGUCACCAGCUUAGGCAUACAAGUGCUUGAGAAUUUCGACAUUCCAACGAACAAGAACUGGUACUGGAUUGGAACAGCCUCUCUUUUAGGAUUUGCAGUCCUGACCAAUGUCCUCUUCACAUUUGCCUUGAUGUACUUUAGUCCUCCUGGGAAACCACAAGCCGUAAUCUCAGAGGAAACUGCAAGAGAAAUGGAGGGUGACUCCAAGCGAACUCCAAGGCUCUUGAGGUUGGAGUCAGACAAAGAUGCAUUGUCUAGAUCAUUGUCUAGUGCCGACGGAAACAACUCGAGAGAAAUGGCAACGAUGAGGAUGGGAAGCCACGCCAACAAUCGAAACGGCUCGAUAAAUGGUGAUUCCUCAGCUCUAGAUACAGCCAGCGGUGUUUCUGCCAAGAGAGGAAUGGUCCUUCCUUUCACUCCUCUGGCCAUGUCGUUCGACAGUGUCAACUACUAUGUAGACAUGCCACCAGAAAUGAAGGAGCAAGGAGUGGCAGAGGACAGGCUUCAAUUGCUACGUGAGGUGACAGGCUCGUUCCGUCCUGGAGUCCUCACGGCACUGAUGGGAGUUAGUGGUGCUGGAAAGACGACGUUGAUGGAUGUUCUGGCAGGGAGAAAGACAGGCGGAUAUAUUGAAGGUGACAUCAGAAUUUCAGGGUUCCCUAAGAAGCAAGAAACUUUUGCAAGAAUUUCAGGAUACUGUGAGCAGACAGAUAUCCAUUCUCCUCAAGUGACCAUAAGAGAAUCCUUGAUCUUCUCUGCUUUUCUUAGGUUGCCUAAGGAAGUCAGCAAAGAGGAAAAGAUGAAAUUUGUUGAUGAGGUGAUGGAAUUGGUGGAGCUGGAGAGUCUGAAAGAUGCCAUUGUCGGGCUUCCGGGGGUUUCUGGUUUAUCGACUGAACAAAGGAAGAGGCUGACAAUUGCAGUGGAGCUUGUUGCCAAUCCUUCAAUCAUUUUCAUGGAUGAACCAACAUCUGGUCUUGAUGCAAGAGCUGCUGCUAUUGUCAUGAGAACCGUUAGAAACACUGUGGACACUGGGAGAACAGUUGUUUGCACCAUUCACCAGCCUAGCAUUGACAUCUUUGAAGCUUUCGACGAGUUGUUGUUGAUGAAGAGAGGAGGACAAGUGAUCUACGCAGGACCAUUAGGCCGAAACUCCCACAAGAUUGUUGAGUACUUUGAGUCGAUUCCCGGAGUCCCUAAAAUCAAAGACAUGUACAAUCCAGCCACUUGGAUGCUUGAAGUCAGCUCAAUAUCAGCUGAGGUUCGCCUUGGAAUGGACUUUGCGGAGCAUUACAAACAAUCAUCAUUGGCCCAGAGGAACAAGGCAUUAGUGAAGGAGUUGAGCACGCCACCACAAGGAGCGAAAGAUCUUUACUUUGCAACUCAAUUCUCUCAACCCACAUGGGGACAAUUCAAGUCUUGCCUGUGGAAACAAUGGUGGACAUAUUGGAGAAGCCCUGAUUAUAACCUUGUCAGAUUCUUCUUCACAUUGGCUGCUGCACUCAUGGUUGGGACUAUCUUCUGGAAAGUUGGCACCAAGAAGGAUAGCAGCAGUGAUCUCACCAUGGUCAUUGGAGCUAUGUAUGCUUCUGUCUUGUUCAUCGGAAUCAACAACUGCUCGUCGGUGCAGCCUAUCGUAGCAGUGGAGAGGACUGUGUUUUAUCGAGAAAGAGCAGCCGGAAUGUACUCAGAAUUGCCAUAUGCACUAUCACAGGUUGUGUCUGAGAUACCAUAUGUUUUUGUUCAAACAACAUACUACACACUCAUUGUGUAUGCAAUGAUGUCAUUCCAAUGGACAGCAGCAAAGUUCGCGUGGUUUUUCUUCAUCAGCUUCUUCUCAUUCCUCUACUUCACUUACUAUGGUAUGAUGACUGUCUCAGUGACACCAAACCAUCAAGUGGCAGCCAUCUUUGCAGCGACAUUCUACGCGCUAUUCAACCUCUUCUCUGGCUUCUUCAUCCCAAGGCCGAGGAUCCCAAAGUGGUGGGUAUGGUACUACUGGAUCUGCCCCGUGGCAUGGACAGUGUACGGAUUGAUCCUGUCGCAGUAUGGAGAUGUUGAGGACACCAUUACCGUGCCUGGAAUGUCGCCUGACCCUACAAUCAAGUGGUAUGUGGAGAACCAUUUCGGUUAUGACCCGAACUUCAUGGCUCCUGUUGCUAUUGUCCUGGUUGCCAUCACUUCCUUCUUUGCCUUUGUCUAUGCUUAUUGCAUCAAGACACUCAACUUCCAAUCAAGAUGAAGAAGUUGAAAGAGAGAAGAGACGGUUCUUGAAGGAGAGUAAAUUCAGAAGAGGACAUCCAUUUGUUGUAGAUAAUGUAGUAGCAGCAACUAUAUAAAGUGAUCUGCUUUAAAUGUGCAAAGAAAGACUUCAUAGUAGUAUGUUUUUGAGUUAGGAAUUAGGGGGAAAAUGGGGAAUGUGGAACUUUGGGGAAUGGAUUUUAUUUGUAAAUGGGAAUCUAAGUGUAUUCUCUUUUUUGGUUAUGUACUGAAGAAUGUAUUUCUUGUUUUAUUGAGUUGUUUUGUACUUUUGUUCCAUUCCAUGAUAUAUAAAUUAGAGAUAGCAAAUACUCGGAUUUAGGACAAA